AUGAAGGACAAGAUGACAGGACAGAGAGCUUUGAAUAAUGAGGAAUUUGACCAAGACGUUGAUGACGUUCCGAUCUUGGGAAGGGAAGUCGACAGAGAGGCUGCUGAUAUGGCGAGGAGAUUGAAAGCUAUCCAACUUAUCAAAAGGUUAGGGAAGAUGUUCAAUCUAGUGAAGCUGGCUUGGACGGUGAAUUUGAAGAACUGGAGAAUAUUGUGA